AUGCAUCCCAAUAUCAUUCUCGCAGCUCUUGCGCUCGCCCUGCCCGUGCACUCGAUGGUCAACAUGGGCUGCUAUUCUGACGCUGGCUCCCUGAAAAACCAGGGUCCCUAUAGCUAUCAAUCUCCCGGGUACUGUCAAGAUCAUUGUUUAGGUGCUGGCAAAAGCGUCUUCGCUCUGACCCGCGGCAACAUGUGCUACUGCGGAGACGCUCUUCCCACAGAGAAGGUGAACGACGACAAGUGCAACCAGGUUUGCCCUGGCUGGCCCGCUGAAUCCUGCGGCGGCAAUGACACCUUCUCCGUCUACCAGAUCAUCGGGGAAAACGCCCCAGACUCUGCCUCAGAUGGCGCAUCGACCACCGCGGCACCAACCGCCGCCACAGCUGCCGGAGGCAUCAUCGUCGCGCCAACGACAAACUCCGCCCCAAGUGGCAUCGUGACCGCGGUCUCGUCCAUGAACUCCAAGGGCGUCACCGCACUCGCAUCCAAGUCCGCCAAUGCCGCCACCGCCGCCGCCACAUCGGCCACCGUCUCAGCUUCCCCGACCAACAACGCCGCUGGCACCCUUCAGGUUGGAUCGUCGAUGAUGGGCGCUGUUGUCGCAGGCAUGGGCCUGUUGCUGUAA